CGGCCUGCUGUGAAAAGGCCGCAAACACGCGCGGGUUGGCUCUUGAGUCGGUGUUAUUCGUUGCUCCGCUGUUUGCUUUUCUUCCCACAGCAGUUGUGAAGCGAAAAGGCGUAGAGGGAAACAGUUUUAAAAAUAAUUCAGGAAUAGUACUGACAAGGGAGCGGGUCGCUUCGACUCCGCAGUAGGCGUGAUCAGCCGUCCCCGGGAGGUGCGGGCUGAAGCGGGGGCCGGGGGCAUGCGGCCCGUGGACCCGGACGAGGCGGACGCCCCGGAGCAAGUGGAGGUGCUGGAGCCCGAGGAGGACUUCGAGCAGUUCCUGCUGCCCGUCAUCCACGAGAUGCGCGAGGACAUCGCGGCGCUGAGCCGGCAGCGCGGCCGGGCGCCCCUGCGGAACCGCAGCAAGCUGUGGGAGAUGGACAAUAUGCUCAUCCAGAUCAAGACGCAGGUGGAGGCCUCGGAGGAGAGCGCGCUGAACCACCUGCAGAGCGCGGGCGACGGCGGCGAGGGCCGGGCGGCCAGGCGGGGCGAGCGGGCCGAGGAGAAGGCCCGGGAGGUGGCGAAGAUGGCCGAGAUGCUGGUGGAGCUGGUGCGGCGGAUAGAGCGGAGCGAGUCGUCGUGAGGAGCGGCGGCGGUGAGGCGGCGGGCGCCCCACGAGCGUGAUCGAACGGCUUCCUGGGUGAUAGUGAUGUCUCAGGAGUGCAGCCCCGAUCCUCCUGCGUCCAGACUUCGGCAGUGGGCGGAAAGUUGGGGUCGAGAGGAAAAUGAACGCGUGCUUGUUUGGAUGGGGGUUCACAGCUGGUGGCCUCUGCUCAACUGGUGAGGAUGGGCUGACCCCUCCAGGAAACGGAAGCAGCUCUCGUUUUCUCUACUCUGUUUGUAUGUUUUUUAUCCCCACCUAACAGUCUGCCUUAAGGUCAGUGUGUGGUGACCUUGAUAGGGGUUUAGAUUGUUAAAUGUAUUUGGUUCCUGAAAAAUGACUUUUGUUUGAGAAAUACUCUCGUAAGGGAAAUGGGCCUUCAUCAAAGGUUGUUUCAGUGGCCACAUUUGUUCUUGUUACUCUGCUGGGUUUUUGAAAUGUUGGGCAUGGUCUUCAUUUCGCAGUUACCCUGGGACCUGGUUGUUUUCUGGAAGUGUGGGGCACCUGAAGCCUUGGGGUCAGAAUCCUCCAGCGUCAGAGGUGCAGUGGAAAGCACUACUUGGAUGUGGCUGGGGGAGAGUGUGGGAACAAGACCGCCUUGGAUAAGACUGGGCAGAACUAGCAGACAGCUGCACAGGGAAGAUGGUCGUGCAUCCAUUUGGAACUUGAGUCAUCUGUGACACACAGGAGGAGAGUUAUGUUUUGUGGCGUAUAUUGUCUGCUGUUCAUUUUGCAAUCUGUCAGGUGAGUUUUUUAGACAACCUAGCGGAUCCUAAAUGACAGAGAAGUUUAAAUGGAGAGUGGCGGAGUGUGCUUUACUCUUGUCAUCCCCUCACGCAUGCAGGGCUUCAGAGUAUCGCAUCAGGGAGACGAUCUGCAAAGAGCCGUGAGAGGCCCGGGGAAGGAAGAGGCAUCAUCAGGCCGCGUCAAGUCCCCUCUCCUUCACUGGGGUGGCAGACCCGACAGGGACUUGAGACCAAAGUCAGACGUGUUCUAAGUAUUCAUUUGCUUUGAAAAACAAAGACUUAAAAAGCCUUUUUUAAAAUAAAUUUUUUGUUCGAAUGACCAAAGCCCCUGUGUGUGUUAAUAAAAGAAUCAUGAGUAAAUUUCUUCUAAAA